CCCAUCCCAGCCAACGGCAUCGACACCAGCAACAAUGCAAGGACAGUAUCGUGCCUAUGCGCCGCAGCAGCAGCCGCCUCAGCGGUCGCCUCAUGCUUCCAAUCAACGUCGUGGCAACAUGAACGGCGCAAUGAUGACCGCCAACGCGCAUCAGCAAGCCCAAAUUACACAGGCUCAACUUGCACAGCAGCAACAGCAGCAAGCCCAGGCCAACGAGCUGGCCAAACGCCGAAGCCGCAAACCGACCGAUAAGAGCAUACCCGAUGGCGUUGAGGGCGACAUUGUCAAUCCAGAGAUGGCCCAACAGUACGAAGAGCUGCGCAACAUUGAGCGCCUCCUCGACACAACAAUGACCCGAAAACGUUUGGAUGUGAUUGAGAGCGUUCAGCGCCCAACUGCUAUGUACAAGACGAUGCGAAUCUGGAUUACAAACACUGUUGAGGAUCAGGUCUGGCAGGGAAAUGGCUUGAAUGUAGAUGCUUUUGAUUUCAAUCCUACCAUGGAGUCAUCCUACCGCGUCAAGAUUGAAGGUGCGCUCUUGGAGGACUCCGAGGAGGACCAGAAGAAGGCCGCCGAAGCUGCCCCAGCCGCCGAGGGCGAAGCAGCCGAAGCGCCCACACCUGCUGCUGCUCCCACGAAGCCAAGCUUUUCACACUUCUUCAAGGCCAUCACAGUCGACUUUGAUCGAUCCCGUUCGCGAAACGGCGCCGAACAGGCCGUCGAGUGGAAGAAGCCCGAGGCUGCCGGCCGUCCUGGUCAGCCCGCGCCUGAGGCUCCCGGCGCCGAGUUUGACGAAUUCACCUUCAAGCGAAGCGGCGACGAGAACUCCAACAUUACCAUUAACCUCUUCAGACACGAGCUGCCUGAGCGCUACCUUCUCAGCCCCGAGCUGGCAGCAGCCGUCGAUAUGACCGAGGCAACACAGCAGGAAGCCGUCAUGGGUCUCUGGGAGUACAUUCGAGCCGCUGGAUUACAGGAGGAUGAAGAGAAACGCAACUUCCGCUGCGAUGACAUUCUUCGACAGAUUGUCGGCCGUGGCGACGUUGGUUACAUCCCUCUGCUGAACGAAUACGUCGCGCAGCACAUCCGUGCCCUUCCCCCUAUCAGCCUUCCGUACACCGUCCGCGUCGAUGAGGAGUUCCACAAGGACCCCAAGCCUACCAUUUACGACAUUCGCGUUGCCGUCGAAGACCCCCUCCGCGCAAAGCUGCUGGCUCUUCUCAAUAAGCCCGAAUACUCCAACAUGCUCAAGGAGAUCACCGGCAUGGACGACCAGCUCGCCAGAGUAAUCCAGGCCGUGACUGUUUCCAAGGCCAAGCACGGCUUCCUGACGGCGCUGGCCGAGGACCCCGCAAACUUUGUCAAGAACUGGCUCAGUUCGCAGAAGCGAGACCUCGAGGUUAUUCUUGGCGAGACUGCCAACUCGGGUGAGAUUACGAGCGGCGAUGAGUGGCGCCGUGGCGGAAAUGAGAGCGUCUGGGGCACACAGAACGCGCGCGAGAGUGUCAGCGUGCUGCUUUCCAGACAACGAUAGUAGACUUGUCUGUCAUUGCGGCGCAGGUUGGGGCCCGGAGUUCAGGAAACGUUGUAUUUUUGUGGUUCAGAUAGUUGUUUUUAAUAUACAUCAUGAUACACUACGAUACAUGCAUAUAUAUGUGUAUAAUGGAUACAUAAAGCUUGAUGAUAAUGAUGAUGAGGAUAUUAUUGUACGGAGUCGCUUGGCUAUUUUGCAUGUGCAACAGAAUAAUGCAUGAUUGUAGAAAAGCAAAUGUUUAUCGUUGAGGCGGUACGGGGUUCGGUGGCAUACUUCUGAUCUGUUUAAUCAGAAACUCGCGCUCGUCGAUAAACUGUUCGUCGUCGGUGCGGUCUUCGAGAAAGUGUGAGAGAAAGGUAAGCAGCUUCUCUCGGUUCAUGAGUAGAAUCUUCUGCACGGGGAUCGACUUAUGCGGGUUCGCGACAAAGACCUUGAAUACAUGGAAGCCUUCAUAUUGCACCAUCUUCCGGUCGUCACGCAGCAGGUUCAUGCAAAUCUUGAGAUGCUCCCCGCUGUCCACAUAUGUCGUCAUGACUGUGUAGUUUGAUCUGUCUAGCAGAAUCUCGCCCAGCAGCUUAAUAGACUGUCGUUUUGUGACAUAGCUGUUGGAUUUGACUAGGAUAUUGUUGUACUUGUCGAAGAAGAGGUCGAAAUUCGUCGCCAGGUAGCGCGGCACCAGGUCUUUAUGCCUUGUUAAUAGCUCCUAAAUAGAGAUUCAGUGUUUAGUCAUAGGUAGCAUACAUGGUGGGAGGGUAGACGUGGCUUACUCUAAAGGUUGUGAAUGCGUCUGCAGCAACUUCAAAGGAGCUCUUGUCUAUCCAGUCAAAGAAGCGCCAAAGGACGCCUCGCCCUGUCUGUGGUCUGUCUCUAUCAAUCGCAUUCAGGCCUUUGGAACUGGAUCCGGGCUCGUCUCCAUCGUCGUACAGGAUAAUAGCGGCAGCAGCUUCGUUCUUGAGCAGCUCGCGCAGCACGGAGCCCGCAGGCGUGGCGCUCUCCUUGUGGUCGUAGCCUUUGCAGAGCUCGACUAGGACUUGCGGCCGCGUGCAUACUACAUAUGAUAGAGCGAGAGGAUCGCUUUUCGGGGCCGCAGAUGCGGGGCGGAAUCGGAAUACGUAGGAAAAGAUAAUCUGGGCGUCCUUGCGCGAUUCGAAUGGUAGGCGGU